AUGGCCCUCAACCGAGAACAUUUUCAGAGACAAUUAUCGCAACAAGAAUGCCUUGCUGAGUUGCUGUCUGUUUUCGGCAACGAAGCGCCACAUCAAAUUCAAACGUGGUCGGGGACGACUGACGAUAUGGGCCUUAGCGACGAUUCCAGGGUGGGUGCACCAAAAACGCCAGUCACCCAGGAAGACGUCGAUGCUGUGCGCAAACCUACCUCAAUUCAAAAAAUUUUACAUGAAGAAUUAAGAGUAAGAAAAUUAGUUUCUCGUUGGAUACCCCACCUGUUGACUGAAGAGCAGAAAGCAGCCAGGGUUAAUUGGUGUCAAAAAACGCUUGACCGUUUCGAUUUCGGAAACUCAAAAAAUCUGUACAGCAUUGUUGGUGGUGAUGAAUCGUGGAUUUACUGUUAUGAACCAGAAAAUAAACGACAGUCGGCUGUUUGGCCAACAAAAGUCAUCCGUUCUCGAACUGAUUCGAAAAAGAUGAUCGCGACAUUUAUGUCAGAAGCGGGUCAUCUUGCAACAAUUCCUCUGAAUGAGCAAAGAACUGUUACUGCGGAUUGGUAUACCACCAUCUGUUUCCCAAAAGUCAUCACCGAGCUUCGAAAAAUCAACCCCGAAAGAAGAAUCAUCCUCCACCAAGACAAUGCAAGCUCGCACACAGCCCACAAAACAAGGCAGUAUUUAACGGAAGAAAACGUGGAAUUAUUGGACCAUCCUCCACAUAGUCCCGACCUAAGUCCUAGCGAUUUCUUUACUUUCCCGAAAAUUAAAAACAGACUGCGUGGUCAAAGGUUCCAGUCACCAGAAGAAGCAGUUGACGCAUUCAAAAAUGCCAUGUGUAUUAAAAUUCCUGGAGAAUACUUCGAAAAACAAUAA